AAGGUUUGGGAACGUCGCGACUGGUUCACCAAUUCCAGUAGAAAAAAAAUGACCAGUGAUUUAGACAGACAAAUUGAACAGUUGAGAAGAUGUGAAGUGAUAAAAGAGAGUGAGGUUAAGGCAUUAUGUGCCAGAGCUCGGGAAAUUCUGGUGGAGGAGAGCAAUGUACAAAGAGUCGACUCACCAGUAACGGUGUGUGGAGACAUCCAUGGCCAGUUUUAUGAUCUUAAGGAACUUUUUAAAGUUGGAGGUGAUGUCCCAAACACAAAUUAUUUAUUCAUGGGAGACUUCGUGGAUCGGGGCUUUUACAGCGUAGAAACAUUUUUGUUAUUGUUAGCCCUCAAGGUACGUUAUCCAGACAGAAUUACAUUAAUCCGAGGGAACCAUGAGAGCAGGCAGAUUACACAGGUGUAUGGAUUUUAUGAUGAGUGUCUGAGAAAAUAUGGAUCAAUCACUGUCUGGAGAUACUGCACAGAAAUAUUUGACUAUCUAAGCCUCUCAGCAAUUAUAGAUGGAAAGAUAUUUUGUGUUCAUGGUGGAUUAUCCCCUUCUAUACAGACACUUGACCAAAUUCGUGCAAUAGACAGGAAACAGGAAGUACCACAUGAUGGCCCAAUGUGUGACCUUCUAUGGUCUGACCCUGAAGAUAUGCAGGGUUGGGGAGUGAGUCCAAGAGGAGCAGGGUAUCUCUUUGGGCAUGACGUGGUGGCACAGUUUAAUGCAGCCAACAGUAUAGACCUUAUAUGUCGAGCUCAUCAGUUAGUUAUGGAGGGAUACAAGUGGCACUUCAGUGAGACGGUAUUAACUGUAUGGUCAGCUCCUAACUAUUGUUACAGAUGUGGAAAUGUUGCAGCAAUUCUGGAAUUGGAUGAACAUUUGGAUAGGGAUUUCACAAUUUUUGAAGCAGCACCUCAGGAGUCCAGAGGUAUUCCAUCAAAAAAGCCACAACCUGACUACUUUUUAUAGAACAUAAAUGUCCUGUAGAAAAGAACACUGCAAAACUUACAAUGGAAGGUGUAUGUGGAACAUGUGACACUUGUCGUUGGAGUGCCAUGUUUGUGUAUCAUGUGGUCAGAAGCUAGUAAUGGUCAGUGGUUCCAGUCUGUGAUGAUGUUAUUUAUAGACAGAAGCAAUGGUUUUAAUUUGUCUUUUAUCUUUCACAUGAUCACCCAUCACUUUAUUCAUGUAUGUAUUUACCAUGGUCCAUUAUUUUGUCAUCAUGUCUUUUGAUUGAUGUAAACUGUUGAUGCUUCCAGAGAAACUCCUUUAUUUCAUGGCACACAGUUUUAGAAAUUUGUGUGUGCAUGAUGAAAGCUAAGGUAGUAUGUGUGGUGAAUUGAUCUGAAAUUUUCACUCAUGAUAUAAUGUUGUUUGUACUUAUUCUGUAUUCAGUGAAUGAAAUAUGAAAUACAAAACAAUUAACUUCUAUUGUCAAUCAGUAGACCUUUUUUUGAAGUGUGUAAUCUAUCACAUUUUUCUGACUGAAUUUUUUUCACCAGUUGACGCAACACGAUUGUCUAUGGAAAUGAAAAUGAGGUAUCAACAAAUUUUAUUGCUGCAAUUUUUAUAAACAGUUGUGUAUUUUUGAAAGCAUUAAUGAUUAAAAAACCUAAAAUAUUU